GCUGAGCGUGUACUGAGUCACUGAUAGAUUCGUCUAUUGUCUGCGGUAUCAGUUGCCCCGCCUUACUUUUUCCAGCUUGUGGAAGAACAUAACACUGAAUCGCUGAAUAUUGGAUCAAAUAUCUACCCAUUGAGUUUGCGCAACCAAUUCAUUGCGUGGGUUUUUGUUCUUCAGCUUUUUUUCGCCUUCAUCAAAAUGUCGUCCAUUCUGCACUUGCGGUCAGAGACCAAGCCAUUGGAGCACCGGUCCGCCCUAACUCCCACUACCACCAAGGCCUUGAUUGAGGCCGGUUACACCGUCAAUGUCGAGCGCAGUCCCGUCCGCAUCUUCGACGACGCCGAGUUCGAGGCUGUUGGCGCAACCCUCGUCCCCGAGGGCAGCUGGGAGCAGAUUCCCAAGGACCACAUCGUCAUUGGACUGAAGGAGUUGGAGGAGAAGGACUUCCCUUUGAAGCACACACACAUCCAGUUCGCCCACUGCUACAAGAACCAAGGAGGCUGGGACAAGGUCCUCCGGAGGUAUCACGAUGGCGAGGGAAUGCUCCUCGACAUUGAGUUCCUCGAGAAGGACGGCCGUCGUGUUGCUGCUUUCGGCUACUGGGCCGGCUUUGCCGGUGCCGCGCUGGCCCUUCAGAACUGGGCCUGGCAGCUGACCAACAGCGGCGAGCCCCUGCCGAGCGUCGAGAGCCGCCCUAACGAGGCUGCCUUGGUCGGCGACAUCAAGGAGGCUCUUGCUGGGGGCAAGGAAAAGGCCGGCAGGCUGCCCCGCGUCAUCGUCAUCGGUGCCCUGGGCCGCUGCGGUCGUGGUGCCGUCGACAUGUGCAAGAAGGCCGGCAUACCGGAUGAGAACAUCCUCAAGUGGGAUAUGGAGGAGACGGCCCCCGGUGGACCGUUCAAGGAGAUUGUCGAGAGUGACAUCUUUGUCAACUGCAUCUACCUGAACAAGCAGAUCCCGCCGUUUGUGACCAUGGAGUCGCUCAACACGCCAGAGCGCAAGCUCUCCGUCAUCAACGACUGCUCGGCUGACACGACCAACCCCUUUAACCCUGUUCCCGUGUACACUGUGGCCACGACUUUCGACAAGCCCACUGUGCCGGUCGAUGGCUUGAGCCAUGGCCCGCCCCUGAGCGUUAUCAGCAUCGACCACCUGCCGAGUCUGCUCCCGCGGGAGGCUUCGGAGUCGUUCAGCAACGACUUGUUGCCAUAUCUCCUGAAGCUGAAGGACUGGAAGAGUGACCCGGUGUGGGCUGGCGCCGAGAAGCUGUUCCACGAGAAGGUCAAGACCCUGCCGUAGAGGUAGGAGAGGAGGUGGCGAUCGUUUAGAGUACUGCUAGCAACUUGAACAGCAGUCUUUAGAAAAGUUCAAAAAAGUGAUCCAACAAGAGAAGCACGGCUCAAAGCUUGUACAUUUUAUGUCGUCCCAUUGAUGACAUGUAUCUUGCGGAGAGGUCUGCGAUGGACGAAAGUCCCAAAAAGCGAUAUUCCCAGUAUGAAUUAUCUACAGUAAGAAAAAUGGUAUUUUUACCCCAUGCGUCCAUGACCUGCCGAAUAUGUACCCAAGUUGAUGCGAUUAUCUCCAGUGAAAAGAAGAAGAAGAAAAAAACCAAAAAAAAGUGUACGCCGGGCCAUGAGAGGCCAAUGCUGAUGCCAAUGCUAAUGCUCGCUUGAAACCAACUCCAACUCCUUCCAAUAUGCCAGAAGCCAUGUUGCCUCGGAUUUUAACCACUGUUGAGGCGCGCCAGUAACCAACCUACUCUGUAUUUUUUUUAUUUUUAUCUUUUUGUUUCCCUCGGCUCCGAAAUUGGCACCCUAAUCAAACAUGCCAACCUCCUCGGCGAAUUUCUGGAGGGUGACCAGGUCCAGGUACUCCCUGAGCACCUUGAUCCUGACCCUGCCGUCGACGGGAUCCCUGACCGUGUUGAGAAUCAGCACGGCUGUCUGCCUGUAGACUACUGGCUCACCGUCGUCGUCGGGCCGGGUGCCCCUGACCGUGGCCUCGAGUAUGGCCCGCUCCGACGUGACGGUGCGCGAGACGAUGGUGAAGUCGUACUCCUGAAACGCGUUGAACACCUUCCUGGCCUGCUUGACCGUGUCCGGGAUGGUGUGGUCGCCCGUGAAGGGCUCCAGGUCGCCCAGCACAAAGUAGUUGGCGUCGGCCGUGAACAGCGACGCCAUGUUGUCGAACCGCCGGUUGCCAAACACGUCGAUGAUGCCCUCGAGGAUGAAGUUGUUCUCCUCGGGCGUCACGGGCGGCAGGUCCCGGCGCGGGAGCGCAGCGGCCGCGGCCCCGCUGGCGAGGACCAGGGCGGCGGCGAGGAUGGAGGUGGGCUUCAUUCUUUCGUUGGUGUGUGGGCUUAUAUGUCGUGACUUGUUUUCGGGUGGAGCUUUGCUCUAUCUAGUCGAGCGAACGACUGGUUUUGGGUGAUUGAGGGGUGGGAGUUGUCAAGUCUAAAUAAGGGGACAAGAGAAAAAAGAAUAAAG